UUUUCAUUUUCGUAUUUUUUCUUUCACCAUGCAAUGCACGUAAUUCACAUUUUUUUUUUAUUUUCCUAAUCAGAAUUCAGAACAGUGCCUCCUCCUUUCGGAGCUCUCGCUCUUUAUAUAUUCCUACCUACCUCACCUCACCUGCUUCCUCUUUCUCGCGUUUCAAACAAAUAACUCAUCACUCGUUUCGUUUCGUUCCCCAUUUUCUCGUCGCAAAACUCAUUCACAUUCGCGAGAUUUUCAACUGCGCCUCAAUUGCAGAUUCGCUUCCAGUGUUUAGGCCGCGGAUUUUUGGCCCCAAAACUCGUGCAGUGAACAAAUUGAACGAAAGGAAUAAAGGAGAAGAUUCAGGUGAAGUAAUAAUCAUGUUCUUCAGCGGUGAUCCUUCGACGCGUAAGCGCAUUGAUUUAGGUGGUCGCAGCUCGAAGGAAAGGGACCGGAAGAAUCUUCUGGAGCAGACAAGGUUGGAGCGAAAUCGCCGCAUGUGGUUGCGCCAGCAGAAUUCUGCUGCGAUUAAGAUUCAGAAAUGCUACAGAGGGAGAAAAGUUGUCCGGAAUGAACAGUCUAAGCUGCGAGAAAAAUGCCAUAAAAUCUAUGGGAAGUACUGCCAGAAUUUAGACAGGAGUGCUUUUGGUCCAGAUUCUGAUUUCCUCCGGCAGUUCCUCUUUUUCUUUAAUGCAGAAAAUAAUGAUGAUGUUUUAGCUCUUGUGAAUAUUUGUCGACUGCUUCAACAGUUUGUUCAACAGAGUGGGGACGUUGUGGGGCUUUUUUCUGGUCUAGAUUACUCAUCCACUUGUCCUCUGGUCAACUACCGGGUGAAGCAGUUGGUAUAUACUUGUAUUCGAGCCUUACAUCAGAAUAGAAAUCAGUUGAAGGAUCAAUUUUUAUUGGCUCCUGAGGAAUCUAGUGUAACAGCUAUUCCUUUAUUGGAAGUUUUAGUGUUAUUGAUAGAUAUCAAACUUCCAUGGAGCUGUAAGAUAGUAGGACAUAUGUUUCAAAACAAUGCAUUUCGUCUACUUAGAGAGAUUAUUCUCACAGCAAAGGAUGAUGUAGAUAAUCGUAUUUACCCCGCAAAGGGAUCAUCAUUGGAACGUGUGCUUACUGUUGUAAUGUGUCAUAUUGGUCAGAAGCCAUGUAUUUGUUCAUAUUUUGAUCUAAGAUAUGGCUUCUCUUCGCAAAUCCUUACAAUUCCGUUCCUGUGGGAUGCUUUUCCAGACUUAAGACAGGUUUAUGCAACACAAGACCUGAAUCAACAUUAUGUUCAUCAGAUGGCAACUCUUGUUCCAGAUCUAAUCAAUUUUCUACCUAAGGACAUAUCUGAUGAAAUUCCUACCUAUGCUUGUCUGCUUGGAAAUAUAUUAGAAACCGCGGGAAUUGCUUUGUCACAACCUGACUGUUCGUUUGAUAUGGCCAUGGACCUUGCAGCUAUUGCUACAUUUUUGCUUGAGUCACACCCAUCGCUGAAACUGUUGAAUAAGAAAGAAAUUUCAGAUUCCGUGACUCGUGAGGAUGACACUGGUGAUGAUGAAGUCAUGGAAGUAGCUUUGGACAGGAAAUUGGAGCAACAAAUUUGCAAUGCCAUAGAUACUCGCUUCCUUCUACAAUUGACAAAUAUGUUAUUUAGAGAUAUUUCAUCUGUCAAUGGUUCAGAUUAUGGGCCAGAUGAUCGGGAGGUUGCAGCUGUUGGUGCUAUUUGUGGAUUUUUAUAUGUUAUCUUCAACACAUUGCCACUUGAAAGGAUUAUGACUGUGCUUGCUUACAGAACCGAACUUGUUCCUAUGUUAUGGAAAUUUAUGAAGCAGUGUCAUGAGAAUAAACAAUGGUUAUCUUUGUCUGAGCGGUUAUCUUACCUUUCUGGUGACGCACCUGGUUGGCUGUUACCUCUGGCUGUAUUCUGUCCUGUCUACAAGCACAUGCUCAUGAUAGUUGAUAAUGAGGAGUUCUAUGAGCAGGGGAAACCACUAUCACUGGAGGACAUUAGAAGCCUAAUCAUUCUGUUAAAACAGGUUCUGUGGCAGUUGUUGUGGGUGAAUCAUACAUCAUCUGCUACUCCAGUAAAAUCUGUUCCAGUUACCACGGUUAGUAAAAGGCAAUCUAUUGAAGCCAUUCAACAGAGGGUUAGCAUUGUGGUCUCUGAGCUGCUCUCCCAGCUGCAAGAUUGGAACAAUCGUCGACAGUUUACUUCCCCCACUGACUUCCAUGCUGAUGGGGUGAAUGACUCCUUCAUCUCUCAGGCUUUGAUGGAAAAGACACGAGCAAAUGAAGUUUUAAAACAGGCUGCUUUGUUGAUACCAUUUACAAGCAGGGUUAAAAUAUUCACUUCUCAACUAGCUGAUUUAUUUUUUCACCAGUCUCAACUAGCUGAUGUUCGGCAACAACAUGGAUCUCAGGCCUUAUUUACUAGAAACAGAUUCAGAAUAAGACGAGAUCAUAUCUUGGAGGAUGCUUAUAAUCAAAUGAGCCAGUUGUCAGAAGAUGAUCUUCAGGGAUUGAUUCGUGUGAGUUUUGUAAAUGAAUUUGGAGUUGAAGAGGCUGGAAUAGAUGGAGGUGGAAUAUUCAAAGAUUUCAUGGAGAACAUCACACGUGCUGCCUUUGAUGUGCAGUAUGGAUUAUUUAAGGAAACAGCAGAUCACCAGCUUUAUCCCAAUCCUGGAUCAGGGAUGAUACAUGAGCAACAUCUUCAAUUUUUCCACUUUCUUGGUACACUCCUUGCAAAGGCAAUGUUUGAAGGGAUUCUGGUUGAUUUACCAUUUGCUACUUUCUUUUUGAGCAAAUUGAAACUAAAGCACAACUAUUUGAAUGACUUGCCAUCUUUGGACCCAGAAUUGUAUCGUCAUCUUAUAUUUCUAAAGCAUUACAAGGGUAACAUUUCGGAGUUGGAACUAUACUUUGUUAUAGUAAACAAUGAAUAUGGAGAACAAACUGAAGAGGAGCUCCUACCUGGCGGGACAAACAAACGUGUCACUAAUGAGAAUGUCAUUACUUUUAUCCAUCUUGUAGCUAAUCAUCGCUUGAAUUCUCAGAUACGUCAACAAAGUUCUCAUUUCCUGAGAGGAUUUCAGCAACUUAUUCAGAAAGAUUGGAUUGAUAUGUUUAACGAGCAAGAACUGCAGCUUUUGAUAUCGGGUUCACUUGACAGCUUGGAUGUUGAUGAUUUGCGACUUCAUACAAAUUAUGCAGGAGGCUAUCAUAGCGAGCAUUAUGUGAUUGAGAUGUUCUGGGAAGUUCUCAAAGGAUUUUCCACGGAAAACAAGAAAAAGUUUUUGAAAUUUGUGACAGGCUGCUCUCGCGGACCAUUGCUUGGUUUCCGGUAUCUUGAACCUUUGUUUUGCAUACAAAGGGCUGGUGGUAAUGCUAUUGAUGAAGCCCUAGAUCGAUUACCCACAUCAGCUACUUGUAUGAAUCUGCUCAAGCUUCCGCCUUAUACAAGUAAGGAGCAAAUGGAAACCAAAUUAUUGUAUGCUAUAAAUGCCGAAGCUGGAUUUGAUUUGAGUUAAAUGGAGGCUGUGUAAUUUUAGUUCAACCACAUGGUUAGAUUCCACACUUGCAGAGAAUGACUAAAUGCAAUUGCCAGAGUAGAAUAGCAAAAAUUACAAACAAAUAAUCAAAUGGUAUAAGGAGAGCCGAGUACAGAAAUGACAUGUACAUGUAUAUUCAUAUUCAUCUUGUUCAUCAAUUUGUGUCUAAAUGUAAAUAUAACUGAAAUAUAAAGUUAUUUGUAAAGUUAAUGUGUUGGCAGGAUGUUUUUGUAUUAUCUCAAAUAGAUUAGGACUAGGAUAUUUUGUAAUGUUUUUGUAGGAAGAAAUAAUUGUAGAAACUACUCACGAUAUUUCUAUUCUCGCACAAGUACCUCUAAUAAUAGUUUUCUUGUCAUAAUAA